UCAUUUUCGAAAUUAUAUAGGCCUAUUUCCCGUCAAGGCCAAAAUGAUAUAAGGUUUUACCUAGAUCUAGAUCUAUAUCUGCGCAGUUUAUCAGAGCAAUGUGCCAGGAUCUGAGACAAUAAAGAUUUAUCUUAAAAUAGACUGUGAAGUGGAAAUUCCAGGAAAAGUAGAUCGAUUCAAAUGUAGAGCGCUUCUGCAAAAGAUAUCAGAGCAACGUAUAAAUGCGUCCGUAUCGAUAAUGUUGAGACUGUUGUUUUCGUUUUCAGUGUGCACUUCGCCUAGGACCACUGCUGUUGUGAGACGAAGUAUAUUAACACAGAGCUGGAACAUUCUAGUCACCGGAACAACGAAAGUUUUCAGCAGUACCAAGGCAAUGGCAGAAAAAGAACCCAAGUGGAAAGUAAUCUUUGUUCUCGGCAAGCCGGGCUCGGGGAAGACCACUCAGUCACAGCUUGUGGCCCAGGAACUGGGCUUUCAGCACAUCUCUACAGGCGAGUUGAUUCGGAACCAAGCCAAGGACGACAACUCUGAAUAUGGCGCAGAAAUCCUGAAGUAUCUCAACAUUGUCCCCCUUAUACCGUCCGAGAUAUCGUGCAAUUUGUUACGACAGGCCAUGGAGCAAUGCACAGAUCAACAAACGUUCAUAAUAGACGGGUUUCCCCGAAGCCAGGAAAAUUUUGAGAGAUGGGAGAGCACUUUAGUGGACCAGGCUAUUCUACAGAAAGUCGUUGUCAUCAAUUGCUCAGACCAGGUGUGUAGGGACAGGUGUCUUCAAGUGAGAAACAGAGAAGAUGACAGUGACUUCAGGGUGAAAGACAG